UGUUUUCGAAUCUUCUUCUCUGUCUUUCUCAAUCUGCGCGAUUUGAUUCACCAUUUCUCUCGUCUCGUCUCUCUCAGAACUCGUUGAUUCAUCUUUACACCUACAUUGUUCAUUUCAUUCUACGCUCGGAUCUGAGAUUCUGCUUUUAAUUCUGGCUUUGAUUUUUUUGUUUCCGGGAGCCAUGGGGAGAAAGGCUGGGAAUUUGUACAUAAACCCGAAAAAGCUCGGGAAUAUGGCAAAACCGUGUAUGAAGGAAAUGGUAUCAUUCCUCAACUGUAUGGCGCUUAACCACAUCAAAGAUGAUAAGUGCGAGAAACAGAAGCAACUCCUAAGUGUUUGUAUGCACGGCCAGACGGAUAAUAAGAACAAGUCUUGGGGAAACAUUAACUACCAUUUGCAGAGGCUUACCAGAGGAAGGAAGUGAUAUAUAUAAGCAUGGAUCUUGUAUCCAUAGACCGAUAGAUUCCGUUGUUGAUCUCUUCAUUUGUUUCUUUGAGGUAUUAUUCUAUAUGUACAAGUUGUUGGCAUCUAGAAGACGAAACUUUCGACACAUUGCUCACCAAAAGAAAUGAUUUUUGGUCUCUUUCUUUUGCAAUAAUCAUCUCUUCUGAGUGAACUGAGUCAAGGCAGAAAGAAUCCGUUAAUGUUAAUGAUGUUUUGUCA